UUUAUUAUUUAGAAAUCUCCCAUAGUUAUGUAAAAAGAGCAACUUUUAUUUGCACUAUACACAGAAAAACAAUGCUGGAGGAGGAAGUUGCAGCAAAUCUGCGUUUUUGUAAUUUCUCAUUUAAACGUAAGCAGUUUUCAGCUAAUCUUGAAAGCUUCAGCACUCAAAGAAACAAAUAAAUGCUUUUCAAAAGAUAUAAAUAUUAACUGUUUCAUUUAACCCCCUCCCCAAACAAACAAACAUAAACACAAAAUUCAUUCUUUCUUCCUUUGGGCCAGAUUCUGAUACCUUUGCUGAACAACACUGAAAGCCAUUUAUUUCAAGUUCUCACCGAGCAAGUUGCUUUCUGGUACAAUGGCAUUAAAAACUAGUACAAGAAAAUUAUUCCUGAAUUUGACCAUCUCAUCUUUACAUUUUAUUAAUGCAAGGUCAAGCCUUACCAUCGAAGUCUAAAGAAAUCCCAUUGAUUUAAAUGUGUAGCUGCUAAUAAAGACUAAUUUUUCCGUGGUGCCGAAGUUGGGUGCCUGGGGGCCGGAGGCACUCGGUGUCCCUGCAGUCAGUCCAGACGUUAGCGGCUGUAACGAGGUGCGGAUCGGGGCGCCUCUGUUGUUGGCAACACACAAAUACACAGACUCAGCGCUGAUCUCACCUCUAUGGCAAUGGGGAAAGAGAAGUGGCCCAAACCUGAGAUUUUCAGCACACUCCGUGGUAUGCGGUGGCUAUGCGUAUGCCAUAUAUAGAAGGAAAGUGCGCAUGAUACUUUAGGUGUCCUAAAAGUAUCCUUCAGCCUUUGCUCUCCACCAAGCGCUCAUCUGAAAAGCUUUUUUGCUUUCCCUAUACAAGGUAAUUUCCCUAUGGAAAUCUUCUGAUCGAGCAGAGUUUAGAGCCAUUUCGGGGUUCCUUCCCAUCUCCAUAAACCUGACCAUAGGGGUCUCUUGAAAGAAAAUUGCGAAGAAUUUCCAACUGGACUAUGUAAUCACAGCGCCUGGUAUCAAGAGGAGGGGGAGUGACAUGAAAUCACUGACUUGUGACAUACAUUCCUCAGCAACAGCAGCUGCUGCCUAAUGACAGCUAAUAAAGGGAAUCUUCCCUUGACAGAGCUGCAUGCCUGCAGGAGAACUGGAAUGCGCCCCAGAUAAAUCCACUGAUAACCUAGGAAGCAGAGAUCACACCCAAACAGUAUAAAAGACAAGCUUCGGAAGAGAGAGGAUAGGACAAGGAAGAGAGAGACCUGAAGGACCAUCUCAGAAGAAACAGCUCGAACGCUCCAUAUUCCGAACGAAGGCAGCACCAUGGACACUAAGGGCUCAUUUUCCUGUGGGUUCCUCUUGCUGCUUCUCAUCCAGCUCCAGUCCAGCAAAGCCAACCCCAUCUACAGCCUCAGCCCUGCCAAAGAACUGGCCAGCAUGGAGGCUCUGCUGGAGAGACUUGAGGAUAAGUUUGCACUGAUUGAAGCCCUGGAGUCCAAUCCUGACCUGCAAGAGCCCAAAACCCAGGAGGAGAUCCCACCAGAACUCAUAGAUGACACUGAUGACCAGAAGACUGAGUCCAAGCUAGCACCCAACACCCCUCUGUCCUACAGGGACCCCUUCCUCAAGAGACUGAGGGGGAUGCAGAUGCCCAGGAUGAUGAGAGAUUCUGGCUGCUUUGGGAGGAGAAUUGACAGAAUUGGCUCCCUGAGUGGAAUGGGUUGCAAUGGUGAGUCCAACCUAAGCCAUCUUGGUGAACAGAACAGACUAUACCUGUGUUAGGCAACAAGGGAGGAGCAGGCUCUCAUUUAAGUCUUUAAUAAUAAGAAAUAGUUAAACAGUUUGGGAAAGGAGUUCACUUCAGUAUGAAAUUUAAGCUAGUAGUGGUUUUUCAAAAGAAAAUGUGUCUAUUGAUUUGAUGGAUAAAAGCACUGCUGGCAAUAGUGGUGUAUACCGGGAGACAAACAGAUUCAAGUAACAUUUAUUGCAUGUUUGGCUUGCAGGUUCCAGGAAGAAUUAGGACAACUUCCCUACCCGUGCUCUGAAGAAUGCUUUACAGUACCCGUUCCUCCCAAGAUGAAAGCCAGAUGCUUUCUAAACUCGUCAACAGAAAGUUAUUCCUAUUUUUAUUUAUUUAUUUAUUUAUUUAUUUGAUUUUUUUAAAGAACAUUUCUUACUCUAGCACCAAGAGACCAUCUUUAAAUAAAACUAACACAUUAGACAUCUAUGCUGGACCUCUCUCCUGUCUGUUGCAUUAAAUUUCUUGUAUUUUCCUAACGUCAAAAGCCUACGUUUUAUUGGUACUCUGGUACCCACAAGGCUGGAUCUUACACAAUACUGAGAAAGUAUGAACCUGGGAGAAAUGAAAAUGAGUUUUUCACUAGAGUUUCCCUCCCUGCACUAAGAAAUUAUAACAUUAUCAGGAAAAAAAAAGCUUGCUCAACACUGGAAGACCAACAUGAGCCCUCCUGUAGACAGGGUUUCAGUAACAAGAGAGUCCUUUUGCUGAUAUAGCUUAUUCAGUCAAGGCAAUUGCCACUCCACUGCCACAAAUCCCUCGUGUAAGCAAAAUUUAUGAGAAAAGAAAUUAGAAAGAUAGCAAAACUUCACAAGUAAGAAGAUAACCAGAGGGAGGAAAGGGAAUUCAUUGUAUAUGCUUUCUAGCACUGACCAAAUAAAGGCUACAAGCAUCAACAGAAAGAUACGUCACUGACUGUGUCUUGUUUCACUCUGUAUGGGGUUAAGCUGCUGAGCCCCAGUUCCUCUUGAAGGAUCCUCAGAGGGCGUGAAUCCUACCACAGUAUUUCUACAUGUGAGGGAAGGAGGGGUCACUCCUAUUACAGAGCAGCUUGGGUACAACAUUAAUCACUUUCUGGGAACGGCCCCUCACACAGCUGUUCUAAACAUGACUAACACACAGACUGCAAGCCUGAUACAGAUCUCAUUUAAACCUUUUUAGCUGAAUUUCACACCUCUGAUCUGAAUUUGGCCCGAACCCCACUUCCCUGCCACUGCACCCCCCCCCAAAUAGGGUUAUGUUGCCAAGACCACAUCCAGUUAGCAUCGCAAGGACCAAAUCACUUGGGUUCCCUGGUCAGCUGCAGCACCAGCAUUGAGCCCAGGCUGUGGGCAACUGUCCUGUGAUCCCACAUCCCACUAGAAACUGGGUUAUUCUGAGGAUCUGAUUUAGGGUCUUGUUCCCAGGGCCUAAGAACACAGUAGCACCAGGCUGGACUCAGCUGCUGAAGGCGCACACCCCCCCACUGAAGGGGUCUGUAGGGAGAGGAAUAAUAUUUGAGGCAGGCCACGGGCAGGCAGAGGUGCCAGAGACAUGCAAAUUGCUGACAACGGCUCUCAGAAACCCCAGCUACAGUGACACCAUAAGAUGGGGUGCUGAGUGGCACACCACUCCUGCACACAUUGUUUACAGCUAAGGCUGCUGAAUCCCUUUAAAAGGCUUAUGCCACACAUGGCAUUUCUGACAAGCUGCCCUCCCAGGCACUCCCCGUGCUGCUGACAAGGCCUCCAAGAGGCACCUGAUGCUGCCCGCCGUGCUGGCCCUCGUGAUUCUUCCCUAGGCGAGAAGAGCAGAAACCUGCCCGAGGGAAUCAUUUUGCUCCACUGCAACAGGAACCAACACCUCCUGAGACAUGUCGGAACAUCUCCUAGUCAGAGCCAGCCAAAGACAAAAUACUCCGUGCAAUAGCGUCCAGAGGGGUUUCUCUAGCAAAACUGGUUCCCAGAUCAAGGCUCCCAGCAGCAACCACGAAAUGGCUCUGUAGGGAAAAGCUACAGUGACUUUGCAUUUAUUCAGAGGUGGCUUUAUAAAUCAAGGGGCCUCCUGCUGGUAAACGGCUUUGGGGAGCCAUUGUGAGGACAACACAGCUUUGUCCCCUCAAACAGGCUUUCCAAACACAGCCCUGCAGCCACCUUCUUCCUGCUGCAGCUAUUGGGAACACAGGUGGAUCCCUCCACGCUGGGCUCCCCAUGCCCUGUUAUGAAAGGAAGUACAACCAAUCCUCAUGCUCUAACACUAAUAGCCCUUGCUUGAGCUGAAUUUUACCUAGUCAAGCAAAACUUGCACGGACGCACCAAGACCCUGUAAAUUAUCCCUCCCUGUCAGCCCCCCAGGGCACAAAACACUAAUGGGUUCAAUGGAACGUGCUAAAAAUGGCAAGAAGAGUUGGUGUUGCCUGACCCAAAGCCAGGUGGGUCCAGUACUAACAGCAAGCCAGUUCCCGGUGGAACAAGUCUGUAUUGGCUUGCAGACAGCAUGUUAAUAGACCCUACAGUCUGGGAGAACCUAAUUGAGAGCAGGCAAUCUAGGAAAAAAGCAUCUCUGCGGCCGGAUUUUUACUGCUGCUCCCAUAAACACACUGAGCUGUAAACCUCCCCCAGGGAAAUCUCACAGCCAGGUCAGAGUAGGACUGCACACGGAAAAGAGCACUUGGAAAAGCUGAACGAGAGAGACUUAGCACUGAUAAGCUCUACGGGCAGAGAGGAAGCACCCCCAGGGAUGAGCAAAGUGCUGUGAGUCACUGGUGCUGUGAGAGCCGGGUCAGAGAGGGCAGGAAAGAGAGGAGGGAACAGGCGGUCCCAAACAAGCACAAGACAAAAGCAGCCCACUGUUUGGGGAGAGAGCAAGGACACCUGAAAGCUGAACUCCUCUCUGGAGGUGUAUCGGUUGCUUUCUGAAGAGGGUACAGAAAGGCUCUGGCCAGGAGGGUGCCUACAGAGACCCAAAAGGCUCCGCUGGGAACUUGCCUUCAGCGAGGUGAGGAAUUUCAGUCAGCGUGUGCAGGAAUGGAAGGUCCUGGAACAAGCUAGCAUGUGAAUUCAUUUAUCAGCUGGUUCACAGAACAGGUCAGCAGGCUGACGUCUGCAGCAGGGGAAGGACUGAGGCACAAGCACUUACAGCAGCAUGAGAUGCAUCAAGUGCUCGUGCUCUGCCUCACUUCGCAGCAACCUGGACUUGUGUUCAUGGCUCAGACACUCAGAGGAGGGCCCUGUUGUCCCAGACGUCCACAUGAGGUGCUAAAGCCAUGCUGCAGUCUUGGCAUUUCAUGCAGAUAAAAGCAGACGCCUAAUGGCAUUUUGUUUCUUCUGCUCUUCACUGUGGCGGAUUCACACAGUUGCAUGUUAGCCAUGGAGGGAUGCAGGCAUUCCUUCUAACUAGGGCAUGCUCUCUUCCAGCAGCAGCCGGUCCUGCACAGACCCACGUGUAAAAUGUGAGGCAGCUUCCUUCAGAUUUAUGGUGGAGCUGCCUUUGGCGCCUACAAAUUGUGGAAAUUAAUCCUGAUAGAACGUUUUGGAGGAAAAGGGGGAACCAGACUGGAGAAGAAAUAAGCAGUACCAGGCUGUUGUGAGAACACGAACUGCAGAUUAAUGCAUUCCUACUAGGACUUCACACCUAUCCAGGAUACAUUGCAAAUCUUCUAAAGAAACUCCCCCUAAGGGAAGGCAAGGUUUGCAGUGCGUGUCAAUAACAGCGUAGGAAAAAGACUGAUGGCCACACAACCAAACCAGCACUUCAGAGCUUUGCUUUAGCAACUGUGCUAUGGGUCAGACAGAGGAUCAAUGUAGCUUGUAAUUGUAAACAAUUCAGAAACAGGAUGCCUCUGGGACAAAGCUAUUGCUACGAAGAGCUGAUGUCAGACCCAGAUAACGGCAAUUACAUUACAAGCAACUAUUCAGCACUGACCAUGGGACAGAGUUCUGAAAUCCUGCCCUCCUCCACACCAUCGGGCAUCUGAGUGCUUUAUAAAACUUAAUCAACCCCCAUAGCACAGCACCUAGGACGUACCCCAGUGCUAUCACACUUAUUGUGCGAAGGAAGAAAUGUCCCAGGGAGAUCAGAGAGAGACCAGCCUCACACCUUCCACCGGCCUCCGAUGACAUUUGCCACCUCCUGCGAUGCCAGACUUCAUCCUCGCUUCCUCAUAACUUCUGGCAGUAACCCUGACUGGUAGCGCAUAAUUCAGCAGCUUUCUUUCCUUUGAACUUUGAAAUACAGUAAUUACACUGGUAUGCUUCAUACACACUGUAGGGCACAAACCUCAUUUGGAAGAGCAGGCCAGUUGGCCUGCAGGUUUUUUGUUGUUGCAAAUCAGACCUGAGAGUUUCUUUUUCCCUCUCAGAGGCUACACUAUCCCUUUCCAGCCUCCUGCUACACAAAAUGUUUCACUGAACAUCACCGAAAUCCCCGUCUGCAAGCAAGAAUGCCAAGAGGAGCUGUCACCACUGCUUUGUGUCUAUAAGGAAUCGUACGUGAAGUAUAGGGUGCAUAUCCUCAGCUGCUGCAGGGACGAGUGGAGCUGUGCCAGUUUCCAUAACAAUCUGGCCCUAUCCAGCUUGCUUGAUUUACAUCCACUGAAGCUUGCCCCCCAAAGGCCUUUUUGCUGACUGACACCUGCUGACGAGUGCGUCCAAGUCAUCCCCAGCAGCAGCUCCUUACAGCUGACAGUAUGAUGGCACCGUGCCCAAAGACGGAGGCUACCAGCAGUAUGGUCAUGCAGUAACAGAAAGCUUGUUGACAAUUCUGCUGUGAUGAGAGCAACCCUUCCAUGGGUCUCUUGCACGCUUCCCCAGAGGUACAGCUCCAUCAGACAGUUGGCACCCAGUUGUCCAACGCUUGUCUCGUAAUUUCCCCAAUGAAGAAGCAAGAGUCAGAGGCAUUUCUGAGAGAGACAGGACAGGGGAUCUUUUCUAGUGCUUCUCUCACACCUUUCAACUGUGAAGCCUCUCGAAACAAGUCAAGAGUGUCCCUGUGCUGUCAUUCUGUGCUGGGGUUGAACCAUUGCCACCCCAGUGACAGCUGCUACUGACAAGUAACUUUAAAAGGGAAUCCUUCUGCCGACUCCAAUCUCCAAUCCUUUACCAGAGCAAGUGACAGAACGUAGCAGGCUUCAUUCUUCAAGCUCUUGCACCUCACUGCUGGACCAGAAACUGCCACGAUCUUUGCUCCCUUUUACCGAUCACUUGCAAUAUCUGAGUGUUCCCUUCCUGUCAACCCACCUGAACAAAAUGGAAGCAGUAGUACAACUGGUGUUCCUGGUUUGAAGAGUCACAGGCACAUCAGUUCCCAUCUCAGUAGUACAGCUUGCCCUUUAUGAACAAAAGGUUGUAUCCUGUCUGUAUUUUGUUUUCCUAGGAGCAGAUUCUGAUACGCUUUCAUGAACGAAGAAAAAAAAAAAAAAGCCUAAAGCUGUAACCAGAAUUUGGGCUCCUAUGUGAGAAGGAAAGGAAGGAAGAAGGAUUUGUAGGACCUUUCCCUAUUUUCCCUUCCUAUAUCCUGACUGUUCUUUUGGAAAACCAGCAGAAUCCUGCACAGAAACAGAAGCACAGUUGAGAGGAGUAGAAACUUUUAAGAAAAGGCAAGAGGAGGCAGUUCGGGUGAGAUCUACUGUGCUGGGAAGUAGGAAGAAAAAGGAAGAUAAAAUCAGUGUGUAAAGUUGGACAUCUCACUGAGCUAUUCUCUAGCAUAAGCAGCAAGGCUCUCAAGGUUGUCUUGUCUUUCCUGUUAGAGCUGUGAGCUCUUCAGCAUACUUCAGCAUAACAUUGCUUUGUGUGUUCUCCACAGACAGGUAAAAAUGGGUUUCAGUCUCUUGCUCCUAGAUGCUCAAAUAUCAGUUAAAUGUGUGAUAAACUACACACAGCCCAUACAGUUACUCACGCCUUUUUUUUUUCCCCGUGCAGUUUUGAAACAGCUUGGAAAAAAGGACAGCUUAACUAAUUUUAAAUCGUGACCUCUAAACCCCAUUGAAACCUCUUCUCCUUCACUUCCCAGAUGGUGAAGGGAGGAAAGCCUCACUGGCACCUCCCUUCCGGCUGUGAAUGAACUAUUUCCCACACUGCAAUUCAAAAACUACAGUGGAUGUUAAAGAAGCCUUGUGUCUCUCGCUGAUGCUGAAAAGCAUUUCAGCACCUUGGACAAGAAGAGCAACUUCAUUAUCUCAUCAAACGCAUAAGUGCAACGAAAGCCUGGGGCAGUCAUGCUGUUUCUUCCUGUGGGUGCUGCAAGAUACACACUUGUACGUGUAUACACUCACUGAAGCUGGUGGCUUGCCUCCUGUCAGCAAAGCAGAAGAAAAUUUCACCAAACACUAAGUUCUUCUGUUAAAAACACAGUUUACAAGUACUGGGGUCACAACACAUGGUUGGAUUUAUGAGCCUAUAAACCUCAGUAGAAAGGGGUUUUAAUCUAAACAUGAAGCCAUUUGCUUUAAGCAUAAAUGUGCCAGACACCUCCCUUUUUUGUGUGUGUGAAAUUUGAGGGAGAAAGGCAAAAGACAGUCUAUUGCCUCCCUUAUUUACUGUUACUCUAAAGCAGCAGUUGAUGUGCCUCGGUUUUAGAAAGAAAAUUAACUGCUCUCACUUCCUCCUACAUUACUGUAUUUAUGUUUGAAGACAGUAGCAGAGCUGAAGCAGAAUUCCCCCACUUACUCUCCUGCCGAAUCUCUUCUGAAUAAUAGGAGCACAGCUUAAUUAGGCAGACUACAUCACUUCUUAUUUUGCUCCCAACCCCAGAUUUUCUGCCAUCUCCUCCCAACAGAUGCUUUUAUCAAUUUCAGGCCCUCCCUCUGUGUCAUUACAUACACACCAAACAGGAGACUGAUGGCAGGAGCCAGAUGAGCUGCUGGCUGACUUUGUGUGAGAGUGAAUCAGCGAGCUACUACAUGCAUCCUGUAUAACACAGCUACCCGAUGAAGAAAAACAAGCAUGGAAAAAUGGUGAGUUUUUGGGCCAAAUACUACAGUGCUCAAAGACUGUACUUGCUCACAAUUCAGGCCUAAGCAAGUGAUGAAAGAUCAAAAAUUGUCACAGGUUCUUUUCUGUAUAGCCACAAACUAAAUAAGGGCUAAAGAUGUAAACCAAGAUUUUUCACACUGGGAGAAAUCACCUGUAAAACAAGAGGCGCAACACUACACUCUAAAUAUCUUUCAUUAACUUACCUACAGGAGGGCAGAAAGCAAGAGCUCCCAGAUAAGAAAAGCAGCAGUCACGUCUAGCACAGUGUGCACAAUUCAUCUCCUUAUCAUACAUUCGUUAAUUCCUUCCCUUUGUUGUGAGAGAACAAGGGGCUAGAGUGGUUGCAGCCUAAAUGUUUAUAACAACUUCUAUUUCUGCCCAGCCUCAGGGCACCUUCUGUGAAACUGUCAGAUCCAGACAGCUUAUAAACAGCAACUACUCAUCUAUCCCAAAUCAUGUUCUUGAAUACUGCAGUGUUCUACCAGUUUUAUUACAGUAAAGGACAAAAAAUAAAACAACACUAGAAACAUGAAGAGGCUUUGAAGUGCUGAAGAGACACACAAACAUUUUACUCUCGGACAUGUUAUGGUUACAUGAAUACUUCCCAAGUGCCAUAAUUCAAAUAAAAAUAUGUUCAUACAAAUUUAAAAAAAAUACAGUUUAUAUACAUUGUGGAAUUAGCUUACAUCAUUUUGUAACAAAAACAGUGCAAAAAAACAAAUGGAAAGGUAAGUUACUACCAUUGGAAUGGCUCACAGUAAGUUAAUUCAAAACUGCAUAAUUAACACUGCACAGGAAAACAUGAGGCGGGGAGAGUGCCCCAUAUCACCCCAAACUUCUGCCAUAUCAGUACUAAUCCAGUUCUUGGUUACUGUUCCUUUAGUGUUGCUCUGAGUAAAAAGUUAUAGGCACCUAUGCUACAAGGUUCUGGGUAAACCACUAAGUAGCCAGAACAAAAGCAGCUAGCAUGUUGUUAGAAAGGAAUUUAGUUACCAGAAAAGUGUGAGAACAGGACUAAUUCAACUCAAGCUCUUUGCAGCAGUCUUCAGUCAGAGGUAAAAUGCUGCAUCUCCAGGUGUCACAUGAACUUGUAACUUCCUUUCUGCAAACUACGUAACUGGUGAUUGCACACUCAGAUUUCCCUUUAAAAAGGCCGACAGGGUCCCCCACCAUCACUAUUUAAAAAUUCCUUACCGAAGGAGUGAAACAGGCGUGUUUUCCAGCUGAAAGUCCUGAAUAAGACAGAUGCACAGGCAGAGCAGACAGUGCUCACAGCCAGCUCUCACAGGUAAACACAGCUGGUGCUCAAACUUUAGCAGGAUUUUUCUGUCUUCUCUGGAUCACCUAACUACAGGCCUUAAUAGUAAGGGUAAGACAUUCUACAGCAAAAUAUACUGCUGCAGCUCACGUUCACAAAUAAAACAGGAGAUGACUGGCUCAAGGCAACAAUCUAAGGACCUCAGGUUCAGGUGCACAGACUGAAGGAACCUUCCACAUGCAGUCACUCAUCAUAAGCGAUAGGAAAAGGAUUUACCAGAGAGAGAGGGCACUCUUGAGAGGUUUUCUGACAGUAUGGGAUUGUGAAUUCCACACUAGAAGGAUCUGAAAUCCCAAAACAGAAUUCCUGUAAUUUGUAACUACCCAAGAGCACAAAUCCUUUGAAUGAAAGGUAGGUUACCAGAAGCAUAUUUCAAACCCACAGUGCAGCUUCAGGGAGUGCAAAAGGGUGCUGGAAGUUCCUUGGGGCAGCUCAGUGCGCAACCAGUGCUCAGGGAACACAGGCAUUUAGAAACCAGCUACACAGACUAUCCAGAGAAAACGUCCUUACCCUACCAACUGGGAAACAACUUGCAAGUCAAAAGCAGAGGACAAUGCUGACUUGUGUGCUCUAGGAACAAUGCUACAUCUGUUCCAGCUAAGGAGUUCAGAUUGAAAGGCACAAGGUGGGUACUAGCUCUAGGAAAACACCUUUGUUUUACUCUAGAAAGUUUAAGAGCUUGCAUGCCUUACCUGAAAUAGAACUAAGAUAUUCAGAAGCCAGCAAAACAACUUUAGUGGCGGAGACAAGAGCUGUUGUUGCAAGCUCCACAGUAAGAAAAAGAAUAAAUUGUGUUCUCUGCUCUUUAGCAUAGGUCCUUUCCCAAGAAGCCCUGGACACUCACCAUGUUUAACAAAGGAUCCAGCUUCCCUUGCAACAACUGCUAGUGCAUGUACCACAGCCCAUUCUUUCCUUUGCGGAAAUGCUGUAACAUCCAUUCCUGAAAACAAAGAUCCACCAUUCCUCUCUUAGUAAGAAGGCCUAAUAAGAAGGCAGGAGAGAAAGAACACUGAAAGAAAAAACAAGGCCUCCAGACGUCAAUGGAGAGGAAUAAAAGAUAAAAAAAAUAAAUCUAAGUGCUUAUGAACAGCUUUGCUAAAAAACUUUCCAGCUUAGCUGUGCUAUGCCCUGUAUGACAAGGAUCAAUUCCACCCUAAAAUUUUGCCUCAGGAACUGCUCGUAAGACCAAGCUUUCUCUCAUCUGCAGGACAGAAAUCAAGAGCAUCCAGUGACUCAUCUGUGUUUAUUGCAAGCACAGCCAGAGAACACAUCUGUCCCACAACUACCUGGACUGCAAAGACUACACGAAUGUUUAAAGAGCCCCCGUGACUUAAAGAGCCCUACAUCAAGACUAUGGCUGGUGCCCUGGGCACAAAACCUCCUAGCCCUAACUGUAGCAGGUGUCAGCAGCUUGCAAAGCACUGCCCUGCAACAGUCAGCUUCCACAAAGAGGCUGCUCUAACAGAAGUAGUGUUUUGACACGCAAGGAAAGAGCACAAUUCUGCUACGCUUAUUCAGGAGAAUUUUCAACAUAGGUGAGUUCCCGAUUUCAGGAGAUGGAACAGUGUCUGAUUUCCUUCUGCCGCAGCUCUCAUCUAGCUAGCUCCUUAUGGCAGACAACAGGUUAACAGGGGUGCUUGGAGGCUGUGCAGAAGCUUUCCCAGGAUACAUUCCCCAUGUUACUUAGCCCAGUCUCUUGGCUGAGAGAAUGCUCUGUGCCUUAUCAAGCCAAUCAGCUCUGCAGUCCCCAGAGGCACAACGCUGGCUUCCCACUCAGGGUUAUCUGUAUGCAAAACUCACAAAGGCAGGUGCCUGCUGGAACAAUACAGGUGCUGGCCAGGAUGGUACCUGCUAAAGCAGUGAACUGGCUGCAACUGGCUCCUAAGUGCUGAUUUUACCCUUACAGACAUUUGGCCAUUGCAGCUGCAAACAUUACCCAAGAGUUUUUAAAGCCAGACAGCCCCACUUAUCAAGCUGCAGUAUAAUCCUGCCUGCUAGUUACUAGCACUAAGUAUCCUUCCUGUACGGCAGCCUAAAGUUACGCCAGCUCCUCUCACAACACAGAGGUAACUCAAUGAAAACCAGAGACAGGGCAUCAGUUACAACUGCCUCCAGAAAUCCACAAUUCUCCACGCUCUGAGGAAGCGGGGUUCCCUGGUCUAUGGCCAUAGCUGGAAAGAACACCGUGCCUAUAAAUACAGGUGCGUCAGGGUAGUGACAAAGUGGAGUACCACAAGUUGAGUACCUUAGUAGACUCUCUUACAGGGAGAUAAGAGUAACAACAGCUAAGAGGGAAAAAGAAAGCCUCCUUCUCUGAGAUGCUCUG